CCAGGAGAAACCCCAGGAGAAAGCCCGGGAGCAGCCCUGGGAACACUGGGAGAAACCCCAGGAGAAACCUCAGGAGAAUACGCGGGAGCAGACUCAGAAACCCCGGGAGAAACUCCAGGAGCAGCCCCAGAAAAGGCUCCGGGAGCAGCCCCGGGAGCAGCCCCAGAAAAGGCUCCGGGAGCAGCCCCGGGAGCAGCCCCGGGACUGGCGGGCGUCGCGGCCGGGCCGCAGCCGCGUUCCGGGCCGGGACCACCGCCGCUAUUACCACGAGCGCUGGCGCUCCGAGUACCUGAUGGAGUUCAACGCGGCGCGGCACGGCAUGCGCUGCCUGGUGUGCGGCAGCGCCCUGGCCACGCUCAAGCUCAGCACCAUCAAGCGCCACAUCCGCCAGAAGCACCCCUACUCCGGAGCCUGGGGGCCCCGCGAGAAGCAGCUGGUGCUGCGCUCCUGGGACGCCCACCUGGGACAGAGCCCCCGCCCCGAGGGACCCCCCGGCGGCGCCCACGGGACAGGGCCCCGUGCCCCGUCCCCGAGGGCCACCAAGGUGUCCCCGGGGGGGGUGGCACUUGGGGACUCGCUGCGGGGGUGGCUGCGGGCGGAGCUGCUGCUGGACCUGGAGGCCGGGGGCCACCGGCUGCGCUGCCUGCUCUGCUCCUGUCCCCUGCCCUCGCUGCACCUCGGGGACAUCCGGCGGCACGCGCUGGCCGCGCACCCCGACACCCUGCGGGGACAGCGGGGACACGGCGGGGACGGCCCCG